AUGACUGAUGCAAUGACAAAGUGGCCGGAUCGAAUGUACGUCGAGAGUAUCUCCGAAGCAGCAAAACAAAUCGAGGCCAAUAACAAACUCAUUCUCGUCUGCAGCCGAAUGGAGGCUGAACGAAUUUUAAGUGAGGAGUGUCGACUCUCCAAGGUGAAUUUGCUUGAAUUAUUAUUAUUAUUUUUAUUAAUUUUAUUAUUCAUGGCAGUGGGCAAACAUCCACGUAGAUCUAGACAACCGAAAAACAUCGGAAAAGAGAAGUUUCUAGUGAACUUAAAGCAGAGCCAAAAUGGAUGGGGUAUUUGA